GCUUGAUCUAACUGGUUCACAAUCUUUCAGCCUUCAGCAUCAGGCAGCAUCAGGCAGUGGUUUGGUGCAGAGAUUAGUAUCUCCUUGUUGUGAGUUUAAUGCUACUGAAGUUUCUAUAAGGGAUGUUAAAACAAGUGAUGGGGCUUGUUAUCUGACACUCAAGGUAUCCAAAUCCAAGAUGCAUCCUGAUUUUUGGGGUUUUUUAGAAAAAUAUGGCUAUCGCUAUGAGGGUGAUCAUACUCGAGCCUUACUUCCUUGUGAGGCAAUGGAAAUUAUUAAGAGAAUCCCAAUAGAAACCAAAAGAAAGCUUGCUGGAAAAGGGUAUUUUCCUCAAGAUGGAUAUGUUUUGAAGUAUCUUCCAGUGCCACCUAAUUGCUUGUCAGUACCAGAAGUUUCAGAUGGCGUUAGUGUCAUGUCUUCGGUGAGAAAAUGAACAUAUUGUGUCAGUAAAUGUCGUCCUAGUACUGUUUUUUAGUAUGCUCAAUUCUAUUUUCUGUAAUAGUUAAUUUUG